AGGAAAUGGGCGAGACAGACAAACUUCCAGUCAUCUUUCUCCGUCUCCCACCUUUAGAUAAGUCGCUUAUCAGGCGAUAACGACCAUUUUGUGUUUGUCUGUCUGUCAAAAUCAUCAACACCAUGAAAUUCCUUGCAUAUUUUCCCCUCGUGAUGUUUUUUUCAUUUUGUGUGACCGAACGGGCGAAAAACUGCACAAAACCUGGCUUAUUUUGCGAAACCUGUUCCACCCUAGUCGCAUGUGUGCAAAACGACGACGAAACGUGGACCAAAGACACCGUCGCUACUUGUAAUAAACCUGAAAGAUGCGUUCGGGGAGAGUGUACACCCGAUUUGGACUGUUUUUGCUCCGGUCUUGCUGAUUCGGAUUUCCCCUGUCGGAAAGUCGGGAUUUUCCCCCAUCCUUUCUAUUGCAACAAAUUCGUUUUGUGUGUGAAGGACUACAACUAUAAUAAUUUGCGAGCUUAUCUCAACGAAUGUGAGUACGGUUUCGGAUUCAAUACCAGGACGGAUAUUUGCGAUGUUCCCUUGGGAGACGGCUUGUGUCCAGAAGGGGUGUUUCCGGUUCCCCCUUGCCAAGAAUUAGGCCAAAGCGGGGCUCUACCCGAAAAUCCCGCCAAGUAUUACUUGUGUGAGGAAUACAGCACUUCGAAUAAAAUGCUCUAUCCUGUCAUCAACGUGUGUCCACCCGGAGAGAUUUACGACGAUUUUCAGUGCAGUAGAAAGUUUACAACUUCAACAUCUACAACUCCAACAACUACACCUUCAACAUCUACAACUACAACUUUUGCAUAAUUGCAGGAUGUGUUGUAGUCGAGUUUUUUUAUACCAUUUUUUGAAAUAGUUUUACGAGAAUCUUUUUUUAUCUAAACUAAACUCGUUCUGGCAAAGUUUUAUGGGAUUUUCUAUGCUGUUACUGUCCUCUCUAGUUGUUAAAAGUACAAAAAGUCUGUAUAGGUUUUUCUAAUUUUUGCGAGAUUUUGUCGAUCUUCUCGGAACUAAUUAGAGAUAACUCUACGAAAUAUAUUAUCGUUGGAAAGCUCUUUUUUGACGAUUACCGUUCCCAAAAAAUAUUUUUUUAGAGUUUGCAACAAAUAGUUGAAUUAUUUUGGUCUAAAUGAAAGGCAAGUUCGUUUAUUCCUCUUUAUUAUAACACCGAUAUAGCAUUAUAUUUACAAUAAAUAUCUAUACUUUGA